AUGGCAUACGUUGGCACAUGUGCCAGACUCGGCAGCUGGGGCUACGACGGGAGGCAAUAUCGGACCGGGCUGAAGUGGAGUCGACUGUGGUGGGGUGGGGCGGAGAGGGGGGGGUCAGUGACUGAGGCCUUAAAGAAACCUGAGGAGACGUUUUGCUGCCAUCAUUUAGUUUCUCUCCCUUGCUCGAGUUCUCUCGCUGGUCCGCUAUCUCUUUCAGUUGAACCUCAACCGCCCAAUCUAGUACAGCUGUAA